UUUUUUUUAAGCCGAUUAAGCGACGAAAAUACAGAAAAUCGGUUAAAAUAGAAUGUCGUCUGACAAAAGUUCACUCAGUACAGAGCCGAACAGCAACGACGAAUGUGUUAUACCGUCGCUACGCUUCCCCCAGAAACUCUGGCGCAUUGUGAACGAGUGCAGAACCGGCGCCAUAACUUGGGGUGCGAAUGGCCUAACCGUUCUUCUCAGUUACAAGAGCUUCCAGGAGGAGUACCUUCAUUGCGAGAACUCCAUCUUCAAGACGACCAAUAUAGCCAGCUUCAUACGCCAAUUGAAUCUCUAUGGUUUUCGCAAGGUCACUUCGCACAAUCGCGACCUAUGCAACGGCACCACUGCCUUUCAAGAUGACAUUCAUGAAUUUCUCCACGAGCACUUUCGAUCGGGCAGGCUCGAUCUGCUAUCGAGGGUCUGCAGGAAAACUGGCGUGAAGAAGAGUCUGCUACAGGCGAAGCAGGGAAUCAAGCAAGAGAUUCUGACGACCGCCGUUUCGCAGAACCGAACAUCGGGCAUGACACGAUUGCAAAUGUGCCAGAUUGCACUCACUAAAGCUUUAGAACAAGCAACUAGACAAUAUAGAAGAGAGAAAUUUUGGCUACAACUGUCCAAUGUAUCCAAGGAUGCAUUGAAACCAAAAUAUAAGACAAAAAUAUUGGAACCAAAUAUUCAAAUAAUUUUUCAAGAUUUGACAGAAAUGCAGGAUGUCGAAAAUUUACCAAUGCUUGAUCCUUCAAGUAUAGAAAAUAUAGAUUAUCAAGAUAAAAAUCAGUGGGAACAAGUCUUUACUUUAUCGAAAGAAAAUUCUAUUUCAGUGCCAUAA